AUGGCUAUUCGUGGUUUUUUAACAUUAUUUAUUUUAGCAAUUUUCUAUUCAACAGUUACAGGUCAAGCUAAAACAUGUGAACCAUGUGAUUCAUCGAAAUGUCCAUUAACUUCGGACAAAGAAUGUAUUGCUGGAUUGACACUCGACAGAUGUGGUUGUUGUCAAGUUUGUGCUCAACGUGAAAAUGAGCUAUGUAAUCAUCCUGAAAUCCCAUCAAGCAAACAAUAUGAAGCAUGUGGUGAAAAUCUUCAAUGCAAAGUUCGUGUGAAUACUCGUGGAGGACCACCUGAAGCACGAUGUGAAUGUAAUGAUCAAACAGAAAUGUGUGGUUCGGAUGGAAAAACUUAUCGUAACUAUUGUCAUUUAAUGGAAUCAAGUAAACUUGCUAAAAUCGAACAAAAACCAAUUAUUAAAGUAUUUAAACGUAAACCAUGUGAUUCAGUACCUGAAAUUACUCUUCCACCUGUAAGCGUAUCAAAUAAAACAAACACUAAUGUAUUUUUAACAUGUGAAGUUGCGGGUGUUCCAUUACCUGUUGUUGAAUGGGUAUAUCGAUCAUCUGCUGGAAAACAAAUUGUUUAUCCAACUGAUGAUGAUCGUGUAUCAACAUUGGUUCGCGGUGGACCAAAUGCUCAUGUUGUAACAUCAUGGCUUCAAAUUCAAUCUUUACAACGAAGUGAUGAAGGUACAUAUACAUGUGUUGCAAGCAAUACAUUAGGCAAAGUUGAAAAAUCAUGUACUGUUACUGUAGAAAACGGUCGUGAAUUUUAA